AUGGUCGGCAUAGCUUUACUUGGAGCCGGAAUCUUUGCGAGAGAACAACACUUACCAGCUAUUGAGUCCGUUGGACACCUCAGCCUCAAAGCCGUCUACUCACGCUCUGAGGAAGCGGCAAUAUCGCUUGCGAAGCAGGCCCAGGACAUGGUUGAUAUCUACUUUGAUAGCCCCCCCACAAGUGGAAGGUCACUUGACGAUCUCCUCGCAAGGUCUGACAUAGCUGCAGUGGCAGCAUGUGCUACCAUUCUAGUCCAGCCCCAACUUAUCCGGAAAGCUCUGAGAGCCGGAAAGCAUGUGUUGAGUGAGAAGCCGAUAGCACAGGACACUGCAACUGCGAUUAGCCUUGUCCAAUGGUACAGUUCUCAGUCCAGCCCUCCGAUAUGGGCCGUUGCUGAGAAUUUCCGAUUCAAUGAGAGUCUGAGGUAUGCCGAGAUGAGAACCCGAGAAAUCGGGGGAGAACUUGCAUCCUUCCGUUUGAGCUACUAUGGAUUGAUAAGAAACGAAAACAAAUACUUCAAGACCGAAUGGCGCAAGACUCCGGAAUUCCAAGGUGGUUUCCUUCUUGAUAGCGGAAUUCACUUUAUUGCCAGCCUCAGGCUUCUGCUACGUGCCGUUGGACAGGAAGCUAAGGAGGUAAUGGCCUUGUCAAGUUUGCUAAAAGAGCAUCUCCCUCCUGUUGAUACUGUUCACGCUAUCAUAUCUACCACUGAUUCUCGACACGGAGCAGUUUGCAUCUCCUUUGGGGUAGAGCACAAAUCCACUCUGGAGAUCGAAAUCAUUAGUACUCAUGGCGUUGUUGUUUGGACGCCUGUCAGUGUACAAUCAACCAUCAAAUCAGAUUCUGGGGAUUCAAUGAAUGAGACAAAGGAAUUUAUCUACAACAAUGGUGUCAAGGCAGAAUUUGAGGCAUUCGCUCAGGCCAUAUUGCAGAAAUGCCCAGACCCACGUCAGACUCCUCUGGAAGCCCUCAAAGAUCUAUCUCUUCUGCAGGGUCUGUUGGAUUCUGCCGCAUGUAAUGGCUCGAUGAGGCCUGCCAAACUUGAGUGA